GCCUUACCAGGAUGUUUGGUUAAAAAGAGGGAUGAUGAUUUUAUACAUCACAGGCUUUUUCUCCUUGAUGAUACCUCAGGUAAUAAGGGCUGUUCAGGAAUUGUAUUCCGAAAACAUAAACUUGGGUCUUAUUAUCGAAUUUGUAUGUGGCAUAAUUCUAUACGUGGCUUUAAUAGGAAGAAUAUUAAUGCUUACUCUACAGAAAACAAAGUUCAAAAGACAAUCAUGGAGUUGAAGGUAGAAAGGAAAGCAAAAUCAGGAUUAAGGGAGGAAGAUAUUUUUAAUAAUAAAUACUUUAUACUAAACAAAAAAUUGUUAGCAUUAGUUGGACUUUGGCCUUACCAGGAUGCUCGGUUAAAAAGAGUUGUAAGGAUUUUACUAGUCUUAUGCAUUUACUCGAUGAUGAUACCACAGAUGAUGAAAGGCAUUGAAGAAUGUCGAGAGAAAAAUCCCAACCCCGAGAUUAUUUUGGAAAAUAUUUCUGGUUUUUUUUAUUUUCAAGGAGUAACUGCUAAAUUUUUGACUGCAAUCCUGACAGAAGAUAAGCUUAAAUACGUUUAUGAAGAAGUUAUGAAAGAUUGGAAAAGGUUUACGGACAAAAAUGAAAUUGCAAUUUUGUGUAAAUUUGCUCAUGUAGGACGCGUGCUAACAGUUGUUUGGUCAAUAUAUGCCGCAAUGAGCUGUCUAUUAUUUGUAACACUGCCUGCUGUAAUACCAAUGAUUCUUAAUAUUAUUUUAACAAGAAACGAAACGUUUAAAAAAUCACUAUGUAUUUAUUGUGAAUAUUAUAUUGACCAAGAUAAAUAUUUUUUCUAUAUUUUCCUUCAUCACAUAAUUGCUGGCAUUGCGACAAUAUUCUUGACGAUUGGUAUUGACACUUCAUAUGUUAAUUGUGUUCAACACGUACUUGCACUUUUUAAUGUUUCGAGUUACAGAUUAAAAGUAGCUUUUGAUACAAUACAUCAUUCUAAAAAGAACGAUUACAAUCUAAAAACUUUAGAAAACAACGUACAUAGUUAUGUUGUUAGUUCUAUACGAUUGCAUCAGAGGUCAAUAAAAUUUGUAGACACUAUUCAGAGUGCUUAUAAUAUUGUAUUUUUCAUCGUAUGCGCAUUACUUCUUUUUGGAAUAAGUAUCAUUACCGUUGAUUUGGUAUGGAAUGUUCACAAUCCAAUAAACUUAAUUAGAAUCGCUUGUCUUUGGAUGGGAACUAUAAUGUACAUGUUCUAUAGUAAUUGGCCAGGGCAAAAGUUAAUCGAUAGCAGCAAUGAACUUUUUGAUGCGAUUUAUACAUGCGGCUGGUUCGAAUUUCCAAUGAAAACAAAAAUAUUAAUCCGAUUCAUGCUACUUCGAUCCAUUGAUCCAUGUCGUUUAACAGCUGGUCCGCUACUUCAAAUGAAUUUUGAAAGUUGUAGUCUUAUACUUAGAUCAGCAAUGUCUUAUUUUACUGUACUGGUUACUACCGGCUAGCAAUAAUAACAUAAAAAUGAAGUAGUAUAUUGAUGUCUUAAAAAUAUGUGGAUAUGAUAUUUAUUUGUUUGCCGUGUCAAACAAUUAAUGUUCUGCAUGUAUACACCCAUUGUAAACAUUUAUCAUAUAUAUAACUAAAUCUAAAAGUA